AUGCCUGAGCAAAGUAAUGAUUAUCGUGUUGUUGUAUUUGGUGCAGGCGGUGUUGGAAAAAGUUCAUUGGUGCUGAGAUUUGUUAAAGGUACAUUUCGGGAAUCGUAUAUACCAACUAUUGAAGAUACGUAUAGACAAGUAAUAAGCAGCAACAAAACAAUAUGUACUUUACAAAUUACUGAUACAACAGGAUCUCACCAAUUUCCAGCAAUGCAAAGAUUAUCAAUAAGUAAGGGUCAUGCAUUUAUCCUUGUAUACUCUGUCAGCAGUCGACAAUCAUUGGAAGAAUUAAAGCCAAUAUGGCAGACAAUAAAAGAAAUAAAAGGUACCGAGUUACCUAAUAUACCUGUAAUGCUUGCCGGGAACAAAUGUGAUGAGAGUCCAGAAAUAAGAGAGGUUUCUGCAGCCGAAGGACAAGCUCAAGCACAAACUUGGGGAGUAUCAUUUAUGGAAACAUCUGCUAAAACUAAUCAUAAUGUCACACAACUAUUUCAGGAGCUGUUAAACAUGGAAAAGAAUAGAAAUGUUUCCCUACAAGUUGAUGGUAAGGGUAAAAAGAAAAAAGAAAAGGUAGUCAAAGAUGGUGGUGAGGCAUCUGCUAGUGGGAGAGAGAAAUGCCUGGUCAUG